AUGUCAAAGGGAGGGAUCGUCCACUGCAAGUUCCUGCCACAGGCCAGACAAUCAACCAACAUGUCUACAGAGAGAUAUUGCAGCGUUUGCAUCGCCGUGCUGGAGCAACCCCCCUACUCUCCCGAACUGGCUCCGUGUGAUUUGUUCCCCAAGCUCAAGCAGGAUAUCAAGGAGACCCGUUUUGAAGACUUGGCACUGAUGUGUGUGAUGGCUUGCGCUUGGGCACAAGGCGCCCGAGACCAGCGAAGCCAGCACCACCACCACACCCGUCCCCAUCCCGGCGGCAGAUCAAACGAAGUCAACGAGGACGGGACUUACACCUACGGCUUCGAGGCCGCUGACGGAACCUUCAAGCUGGAGACCCGCGACGAAGAAGGCAACGUCAAGGGCAAGUAUGGGUUCCUGAAUGAGUUCGGAGAGCUCAAGACCGUUGAGUACAGCGCCGGGAACGAAACCGGUUUCUUGCCGACGUCUGACCUUCUGCCCAAGUCUGUUCCUGUGCCGGCGAUCCCCGCUGUUCCCGCAGUUUCCACGGUGCCGCAGCAACAGGUAUCGAACCCCAUUGCCCCUCAACUUCCACAGUUGGCUUCCCUCCCUCUCCUCCCCAGACCCCAACAGUUCAGAAUUGUGCCUCAAGCAACUCAGCGCCCCAUCAACAUCGAACUCGACGGCUUCUCAGAAGACAGAAAUGAAGACGGUUUCGUCGACGGCUCUCCCGAGGAAGCCGCGAAGGGCAAUCCUGUGGUACCCUCAGUAACUUCUUUCCUUCCAGCUGGCACCUCUUCCCUCCCAGCCGUGCCAGCCGUGCAGCCACUUCCUCAGCCACAGCUGAUCCCACAGCAGAUCCCUCAAGGCUUUAACACAUUCGUCCCCGGGCAGCCUCAGUUGACUGCUCAGCAGAUCCAGCAACAGCAGCAAUUCCUAGCUGGCCAACAGAGACUCGUGCCACAGCAGUUUGCAGCUCCUCUGCCUGCCCCACAACAAUUGUUUCCUCAGCAGUUCCCCGCACAGACCUUCCUCCCCCAACAGUUCCCUGGACAACCCUUAGUGCCUCAGCAGGCUGUUGUUCAGCGGGCAUUUCCUCAGCAGUUCAUUCCCCGGCCCUUUGCCCAGUUCCAACAGCUCAGACCUGUAGCCCCGCCACGGCCCGUGAUUACCAAGGCUUAACUGUGAUACCCUUUUUAUAUUUAUGCCAUUUCUAGAAAAAUAG